GCUGAGAAAAUUAUAAUCAUGAGGGCUGUAGCCACAAACUCAACCUCCAUCUCCAAUGGUAGUACUAUGAGCUCAAAUGGUAGUACUUCAUUGUUGCAUUGGAGAUCUCCACUUCCUUACCUUUUUGGAAGUUUAGCAUUAACGUUAACACUCAUUGCCGUGGCACUUCUCUUCCUCGUUUGUUCCUAUCGUAAACGGUCGUCUUCCACGGCAACUGACGACGAGAAAUCUGCAUAUUCUGAUCACAAGACAAGUGGUAGUGUGGAGAUGACUCCAAAGAUCGUCGUUAUCAUGGCUGGUGACCAGAAACCGACCCACCUCGCUGUUCCACUUUCUUCAUCUUCUCAACUAUAGGUGACAAAUGAACGGGUUGAAUCACAUUUGGACGGGUCAAAAUAUAUUAAACGAAUUAUGAUUCAACCUAGUUAAAGUUCACUCAAAUAAUAGUGGAUAACUGAAUUGGUCCAACGUAACUCACUUUUCCUUACUUUUCUUAUUUUGGUGGUGGCUCUAAUCGGAUCCAUUAACUUGGUUCCGUCAAAAUUUUGCUAGCUAUUGGUCUCCUAGUAGAAGCUUGGGAUUCUUUUUUGUAUUUGUACGGGAAAUGUAAAACAAU